UAUCAAUAUCAAUUUAUAAUAACUUUUACGAGAGACAGUAUUUGUAGAACAUAACAAAUUAAGUCAUCACUGAUUCUAGAACGAAAUGAUUUUGUAAUUUAGAUGAUAGAUCAUUUAAUUUUUGUUUUGAACAAUGCAGUUUGAUUUGAUAUACAAAGAGAUUGGUGAAUACGGACGUUUUCAGCGUUGGGUGGUCUGGGUGGCGUCCUCAACUAGUGUGUACGCAGGACUUCUAAUUUUAACGUCAUUUUUUGUACUGGCUAUUCCAGAACACAGGUGUGCUAUACCUGGAUGGGAUAAUGAUACGUAUGCCAUACAGGAUGAUACACACCUUGCUGCAAUAAACAGAACAAUACCCCUGGCUCCCAGCACCGAAAAAUACAAAUAUGACCAGUGUCAUUACCUAAAACUUGACGACGAUGGCACGGAACAUCGUGAACAAUGCGAACGUUGGGUGUAUGACAAGUCCAUCUUUAAGACGUCACUAGGCGCUGAGCUGAAUAUGGUGUGCGACCAAAAGAUCUUAAAGUCAAAUGCACAGAUGGUCAAUUUUGCAGGAAUUUUUGCAGGAUCAUUGCUAAGCGGGAUAUUUUCUGACAAGUUUGGCCGUAAAACAACAAUGUGCGCAUCACUCACACUUAUUUUAUUUUGUUCUUUUGGGAUGGCUUGGAGUUCGAAUUAUAUCGUUUUCAUGAUUCUUACAUUUCUUGUCGGAUUCUUUAAUGUAGGACAGUGGAUGCCAUCUUUUGUUAUAAAAAUUGAAUUCGUUGGACCGUCUAUGAGGAGAUUUUCUGGUUAUUUAUCAUCUUUUAUGUCAUCAUUCGGGCACAUUGGUCUUGCGGCGAUAGCUUACGGUAUUCGAGACUGGAGUACUUUGCUUAUUGUUGCUUCUCUACCAGGAAUUAUAUAUCUACCAUUGUGGUUUAAAAGCGUGUUUCCAGAGUCCGCCCGAUGGCUUUGUACACGAGGAAGGACCGAUGAAGCAAAAUCUGUCAUUAAACGCUGGGCGAGAUGGAAUAAAGUAAAACUUCCGGAAAAAUUCUUUGACAAAGUAUUAGCUGUAGAGGAAGAACAAGGACCAACUCAGGGUCAGAUUUGGGACCUUUUCUCUAAUAAGACAAUGUGCGUCCGGACCAUGCUGAUCUUUAUAAUAUGGUUGGUUGUAUGUUUGGGAUAUUACGGACUAACGUUCAACAUCGGCGACCUUGGAGAUGACUUGUAUCUCAAUUUCAUGUUGCAAUCCCUCGUUGAACUUCCGGCCAACAUUUUAUGUCUACUGAUACUGGACAGAGUUGGAAGAAAGCCUGUGAUGAUAGGAAGUAUGCUAAUUGGUGGCGUCGCUUUGAUAGGGACAAUAUUCACUCUGUUGUAUUUACCAGAUAAACCAGUAGUGACAACAGUUCUUGCGUUGAUAGGAAAAAUGGGAUUAUCUGCAGGAUUUUCUACCGUGUAUAUAUUCUCUUCUGAAUUGUUUCCCACAGUUGUAAGGAACGCCGGUAUGGGGGCAAGUUCUUGCAUGGCUCGUAUAGGAGGCAUGGUUGCCCCGUAUAUUGCAGAUUUGGAUAGAUUGGUUGGCGGCAAGUUCGGUGUUGCAUUACCACAACUUGUUUUUGGCAGCCUGUCCAUUGUCGGCGGUAUAGCAGCAAUAUUUCUGCCAGAAACACUAAACAGAUACCUUCCAGAAACAAUAGAAGAUGGGAAAAACUUUGGAAAGAACAACGAUAUACAUAUUGAAAAGAUGGUUGAAAUAUCUACAAUAGAGAAAACUGCUGAUACAUCCAAACUUUAGAGAAACUUCGAACAAAACAAUAUUUCUUGUGCUUUGAAUAACACAGGACUUAAUUUUCAUUGACGAUUUUUAAUGAUAAUGUUUGUGUGUUUCAUGAAAAACAUAAAAAUAGAUUUUUUUAUGGUUCAG